AUGGCUUCCCCAGAAAGCUACAGUACUGCAAGCGCUACGCAACAGCAGACCUCACCCAAACAGCAGCGGAUCCUGUCUUGUCUACAAUGCCAACAGCGGAAGAUCAGAUGCAGCAGACGCUUUCCGUGUACUAAUUGCGAGAAGAUUGGAAAGGCAUCGGAGUGUACGCCUGCUGCUUUGCAUCCCCGUCAACGCCGUCGUCGGUUCGCGGAGCGAGAGCUACUGGACCGUCUCCGCCAUUACGAAGGGCUGCUUAGCGAAAAUAACAUUGCCUUCGAGCCUCUCCAUGGGCCAUCGUCAGUACAAUCACGUCCCGAGAGACAAGGUACGACGAGUACUACGCAGUAUGAUAUUACGCAGUAUGAUGACCCAGACGCUCUGGACGAAGCCGCCAAAGACUUGAAGAAGGCUUCGCUUCAUUCGGGAGAUGAAGGAAACAAGGCCACGUAAGACACCUACGCCCAGUCCAUUGAGCGAGAUGUCUGACUACUGUCUAGCAACAUUUGGCAAGCUAUGAAUCAAACAGUAGGAAUGAGUUUGCACCAAGGUGGCUAAUGCUGACGAAUUCAUACAGUUCCAGGACGCUGAACGAGAAGAUGAGUAUGGUAGCGACUCCUCGCUCGAUGGUGUCCACGAAUCGGACGUGCGACGGGUAUUGCAACCUCUCUACGAGAAUAACAGCCAUCCAUUCUUUGGACAUCGCAAUAACAACAUAGACCUCGAUACUGUGCAUCCCUCGCAGGUGCACAUCUUUAAGCUGUGGCAGAUCUACCUGGAGAACGUAAAUCCGCUCUUCAAGGUCACGCACACGCCCACCUUGCAAAGUCGAAUUGUAGGAGCCAUUGGCAAUCUCACGGAUAUCAGUCCCAAUCUCUCGGCAUUGAUGCUUAGUAUCUAUUGCUUAUCCGUUGUGAGCCUCGAGGACGAAGAUUGCGCCAAGCUCUUUGGAUUGCCUAAAAAGGAUCUCCUUGAACGAUAUCAGCUGGGAUGCCAACAGGCGCUAUUUCAGUGCCAAUUCAUGAGCACGUCUGAUCGAGAUUGUCUAACGGCGCAGUUCCUCUACCUCGUAAGUUUUGUACAGAAUGCAUUUCCACCCGUCACUCACGAAAUCUAGGCCUCACUCCGACCAGAGAAUGUUGAUCCACGGUCCGUGGCUGCUUUGAUGGGCACCGCUAUUCGUAUCGCGCAACGCAUGGGUAUCCACAAUGAAUCAGCCAAUGUCAAGUGCACCAUCUUCGAGGCCGAGAUGAGACGCAGGCUGUGGUGGGCGAUGGUCACCUUCGACCAUCGAAUCUGCGAAAUGUCAGAUCAAAGAACCACUUGUCUGCUACCCGGCUGGAACUGCAAAACUCCGCAGAACGUGGAUGACUUUGAUCUCUGGCCGGACAUGAAGACUCCGCCGACCGUUCGAGGACAGCCGACUGAGGCCAUCUUCGUUGUCGUUCGCAGCGGACUGAGCAAUCUGGUCCGACAUAGCACCUUUCACCUCGACUUUACCAACCCUGCUCUCAAACCUCUUGCUAAAGCUUCCAGCGAACUAGUUGAUUUGGAAGAUUCCAUCGGUCGACAUUAUUUGAAUAACUGCAAUCCUGAAAAUGCCCUCCACUUCAUGACUCUUUGGACAGCACGUCGGCAGAUGGCGAGCAUUCGGCUACUGGAGCACUACUCCAAGGUAGCAAAGGCGCCUUCACAACAGACCGAGGCUCAAAAGGACGAAGCGCUGUCUCGCGCCAUGACUUGGCUUAGCUCCGACGCCCAACUAAUGACCUCGACCCUUACAAAGGGCUACACGUGGCUUGUGAGAUUCUAUUUCCCUUUCCCGGCUCUUGUCCACGUCUUCCAGGACCUCAAAAAGCGUCCAAAUUCUCGAUACGCUUCUAAAGCCUGGGAGCUGGCGGACAAGAGCUAUCAGGCGCGGUUUACCGGAUCUGAGCAACAUGACAGCCCGUUCUUCCAGAUUGCGCAUAAGCUGGUACUUCAGGCAUGGGCGGCAAAGCAGGCGGCAUCACCGCGAGGACCCGAGGAACCACUCCCGGUACUGAUCUCAGACUUCCAGCGCCAGCUUAGUGAAAUGUCGACUCCUUCACAGGGCGCAGUAGAACAAGAGGAUUCUGCACUUGCGAAUUUCAACCUGGACGAUUUUCUGAUGCCGAUACCGAUGGAUCCCGUCGACGAGGAUCUUUUUGACCAUCUAGGCGCAUUUGGCGAGACGGCAGGGCAAGAUACGCUCGGACUGGACCCGAUCCCGUGGGACUGGUCUACGAUGGAUUGGAGUAAUUGGUGA